GUGACUGCACCAUAAUGCAGCCAUCUAAUCCGCUUACCUUUGCAAUGCAGGUCAGUAAAUCUUAUGUCCUCUUCGCUAAAAGGUCAAGUAAUUACUUUCUGGUGCAGUUCCCGAGCCCCCACUGCUGUAUUGCUAUUGCUGUUGAGUGUGCUCAUAUAAUUCGCUCGUUACUGAUCUUAUCGGGUGACGUCGAAACUAAUCCUGGUCCUAACGGAAACGCUGCUAUUCUUACUGAGCUACAAAAGCUAAGCACUGGCCAGGCCCAUUUGAUUGCCGAAGUUCAGAGUUUGAAAUCUCAACUAAGCACAACGGAUAAAACAAUAACAGACUUAAACAAACGAAUGGGCGAUCUUGAAACGCAUUACCAAACUCUUCUUCCCCUUAGAAACGAUAUCGAAAAAACACAGACUGACGUAAUCAGCAUGACUAUAAAAAUCCAGGAGCUAGAAGCUUCUCUGGACGAUGCUGAAAACAGGUCGCGCCGGAAUAACGUUAUAUUCUACGGCGUCCCUGACCCCACUAGGAAUGAAACGUGGGCUGAAUCUGAAAAAGCGAUAGUUGAUAUCUGCAAGAAUAACAUUGGAAUAACAGUGCUGCCUAACGACAUCAAACGCGCACAUCGUCUAGGUAUUCACUCAGUCAACCGAAAUCGUCCCAUAAUCGUGAAAUUCUUAUCACACAAAACCAGAGAUGCACUUUUAUCAAAUAGCAGGAAACUGAAGAACACUAACUACAGCAUCGGGGAGGACUUCUCCCGCCCCGUUCAACAUGCGCGCAAGCAGGUACUUGCAUUUGCAAAAGCACGUUCGGAGAAGUACUCCUUGCGGUUCAAAACGCUGCACAUCGGGUCGAAGCGCUACAUAUUUGACGCAUCAUCACACACCGUUAAGGAAAUAGCAUAGCAGUUACCCCGCCAACAAAUAGCAAUAAAGCGCCAACCGGCUUCCUCUUGCCAUGUUCUCUCGUUUUCCGUAUUGUUCACUAACAUACGUAGCCUUCUUCCAAAACGUGAACUUAUAUCCAACAUUAUCUCGUCAUCAAAAAGCAACAUACUCGUACUAACAGAAACAUGGCUUAACAGUGAUGUAACGGAUGCUGAAAUUUUAACUGAUCUACCGGACUUCCACGUGUACCGAAACGACCGAAAAGGC